UUAUCAGUACAUUUCUCCGCCUGCCUCGCUCUCGUACAGACGCGCGCGUGUGUGUGUGUGUGUGUGUGUGUGGCAUUUCCCCUUGAUGGUCGAUGAGUGCUUCACCUGCUUUGGACUGUUCACCUGAGCGAAUCACCUGUUUAGUACUAGUCAUCUGAGUGCUGCUUCACCUGCCUGUGCUUCCUGGCGUUCCCGAGCUGCGUUUGGGAUUCCCGAGGCCAGAGGAGUUGCUCUCGCGAAGGAGGAAAAGAUUUCCUCCCGAAAAUGCCUUACUACAGCGACGAGGACGACGACCUGCAGGUCGACAUGAGCCAGUUCGAGCUGCGGCCGCGACCCGGAGGCCCUUUGUUCUACUACGAGGAGGACGCCGCCGCCCCGCCGUCGCCGCCGCCGGACGACCGCUCGCCCGCUAUCCGCGCAGGCAAGAGGGGGGCGCUGCCGCAGCGCUGGUCGCCGCCCCCCGAGGCCAGGCAGGCGAGGCCCGUUCGGCCGCGGCGGGAUGCUUCUCCCGCCAAACGACGCUCCCCGUCGCCCGUCUACCGUCGCUCUCCUCAGGUCGAUCGGAGUUACCCGUCUGCCUACCAUCGUUCUCCGUCUCCCGUGUAUCGUCGCCGCUCUCCGUCUCCUUCCUAUCGCCGAUCCAAUUACCACCGCUCUCCAUCUCCCGGUUAUCGUCGUUCUCCAUCCCCAGUUCGUCAUCGUUCUCCAUCUCCUGGUUAUCGCCGCUCGCUUUCUCCUGCCUACCCUCACCAGUCUCCCCCCACUCGUUUCAGCCGCUCCCCCUCGCCCAGAAGAGCUCGUGCCGACAGGUCUCCUUCCCCUUCAAGAUAUGCUCGAUCUCCUGCCUCACGCCCCCAGCAAUCUCCCAGCCACAGAGACCAUCUCGGUCUUCCACUUGCUCGCAUGAAGAUCACGAACGGGCAGCAGCCACACGGUGAAAUGCAGAACCACAGAGAGAGACUUCCUCACCCCAGGGAACCCCCGCGACAUGCCGGCAGACGAGCUCCCCACAUAGACAUUGAUACGAGUAGUGACGACGCCACUUUAAGGCAGAGAAGGCCCCCUCCCUCCCACAGGAGAUCGAAGCCCCAGAGUUCGCAGCACGCUUCGAAUCAGCAAAGGCCCAAUAAGUCCCCUUUGCCAACGACGAAAAUGGAUCCAACGACAGAGAGACAAGCUCGACAGCCAAGCCGCUCAAGAGGUCGUUCGCGCCACUCGCCGACGCCCGAUUACGACCUUUCAGCAGCGCCUUAUGUGCCAGAGCCUGACUACUGAGAGAUUCGAGUCACUCUUUUACUUGGCAUUAGCUAGAAUUUUAUUGGUGGUAGUCAGUGGCUAUAGAAAUGUCAUAUGAUUACAAUUGGAUUUCCGUAUAAAUACAUACAAUGUAUUUAGAAAAGGAUUUUAUCUUUUGGUAUUCAUCCUUUGUUCGUGCAAUAAUUCAUUAUGAAGGUUCAGCCUAAAAGAUUAGCGAAAUACUCUUUUCUUGAAUAUUUGUAACCAAGCAUUGAUUAUGGUAUGAGAAUUUGCCAUUGGAUUCAGUAAAUAUAAGUUUCACAUAUUGUAGUAUUACUGCAUACGGAAUUCAGUGUUGAUACAUUGUCAUUCUGUAAACUUUAUACUUCAGUUACAUGGUUUUUUUAUAACUGUUGAUAGUGAAUAUCUUGAGUUUGUCACUUGUUGAAGAGACAGUGUAUAUGUGUGUAUAUAUAGUGUAUAUGUAUAUACAUAUAUAUCAGUCAUAUAUUACAUUUGUGUCUAGACCUUUUAACAGUAAACUAGGUUAAUUUUUCUUUGUAAAAUGUUUUUUUUUUUUUUUACUCCUUAUAGGAAGUAAUACAUAUAAGUUCUGAUUAUCAUAUAGCACCUUUAUUGUUACUAAUUGGUGAUGGUUGAAAAUUAUGUUUGAAUUAUCAAUGUCAUAGCUUUUUUGUGAUUUGAAAUAGUGUAUGUUACUGAUUUUUCUGUUCAGUCUAUAGUUAUCUAGUCAUAUGAACACAACUAUGAGUUCAGAAUAUAUACUGUACAUAACGAAACCUGUAUCUGUUUGUUUUUUUCUUGCAUCACUUCUUUAACAGUCAAAUGGAUGUACUUUUUCGAUAAAUAAAAUUUGAAAAUUA